GUGAAAAAUUAAGUGGUGACAAGCUAAAGGAACGUCAAGCUGAGGACGCUCUCAUUCUGAAGACAACCUAUUGUGAAUGCCCAAAUUAUGACCGAAUUAUUUCGACAGCUCUCGAACUGGGUGGCGUACGAGAUUUGCCAGAGCAUUGUAAGCUUGAACCGGGAAUUCCUCUAAAGCCAAUGCUGGCGUAUCCAACCAAAGGAAUCAGCGAGGUAAUGCGUCGAUUCGGCUCAGCGCAGUUUGCGUGUGAGUACAAAUACGAUGGCGAGAGAGGACAGCUUCAUUUGGGCGAGUUCGGUGUGAAAAUCUUUAGUCGUAAUCAGGAGGACAAUACGGGAAAGUUUCCCGACAUUAUCGCGCGUAUUCGAGAGUGUUGUGAUGCGGAAACCGAGAGUUUUGUAGCCGAUAGU